AUGAACAUGCCGGGUUUGGUUCGAAAGGAUAGUCUGUCGCCGUAUUCGCACACCAUGUCAGCAGAAGCUCCACCAUUGUCGCCGGCCGAUAAAAAGAGGAAUAAAUUAGGUUAUCAUCGCACAGCUGUGGCAUGCGGUCAUUGCCGCCGUCGCAAGAUUCGUUGCAUUCCUGCCUUCGACGAUCAGAGUGGCCGCUGCCAGAAUUGUAUACGCUUGAAGAAGGACUGUCACUUCUUUCCCGUUGACCAGCAGAGUCCAGCACCUGGACCGAAGCGUACUCGAAAGCCGACUGACGGGGUCCAAGAAAGUGAGACUUCCGUCUCUUCGUCACCCGCGGGCGGUGUUCUUAGAAGUAACUCCUUUGAUCAGCUCGAUGCUGGAGAAGGUGUAAUGGACACUCCCCCAAUGGGAAAAGGUAGCCCAGGUUUUCACUAUCAACAUGGGCAAAGGUCCUUCUCUAGCCAUGUAGGACUUCAAUAUCAUCCACAAUACGAUCCAAGUUUGCAGCCACAACCGCAACCAGAAGAUCUUAUGGCCUCGCCUUAUGAUAGUCAUUCACCUCGCACGUUGAGCAGUGAUGCGACCAACGCGCAAUACUACCAGCAGUACAAUCAUCCCUUACAGGGAUCAUACCACGCCCCAUUUGCCUCAGCCUCUUUACCCUCUACCGCCACGGGAUUAGCGCAAGGAAGUGGCUACCCGUAUCCUACCGGGAUACCCAAUGGCUAUCAAUGGGGACAACAUCCCGCUCCGUCGAGAUCCAUGUCAACAGGAGAGUCAGAAGACUUGACCCAUGGGUUUUCCCAUCCAUAUAGAACCAACACUUAUCCAUCUUUCGAACGGCGGAUGACGGGUGAAAUGCAGCAGAUCCCAUCCACAAAUGCCGGGUAUGUGACUAUGAGUAUCGGCAGUUCGUCAUCCACGAUACCUGCGCAACUGCGUGAGCCAUCCACAUACCACCCAAUGCAUAUGGGAAUGCAGCAAGACUGGUCCAGUGGUGGUCAAUCAGGCCAGAUGCCUGGAACAACAGGAAGUGACUACCCCUCUAGUUGGUAUCCUCAACAGGAGUUGACAGAUUUAAGAGAAGAGGAGGAUCAUCCACAUCUAGUAUCUUCUCGAGACCAUCCCUUACGA